AUGUUAGAUUUCGAGUCAAGCGAGGAUCAAUCUCAGAAGAUAUUGGGCCUUCGGUGGCACUCACAAUCUGACAGUUUCGGGUUUCAAGUCAACGCGUUGGAUCGUGAGUGCACCAAACGCACUAUACUGUCGGAAGUAGCGCGCAUAUUUGACCCCCUGGGUUUUCUGGCCCCACUCACCUUUACGGCGAAGUGCUUAAUUCAGCGUCUGUGGACCCUCAAGUUGGAUUGGGAUGAUGAGCCUCCGAUGGACAUUCGUCGCAGCUGGAGUCGUUUCCAGACGGAGCUCGGCGUGUUAUCUUCCCUUCGCGUUCCUCGCGCGUUUAACUCGUGCCAUGUAGAUCGCUGCGAACUCCACGGGUUCUGCGAUGCCAGCGAGCUGGGGUACGGAGCCGUGAUUUAUCUGCGAAUCGUUACGCGUGACGGCGUCGGGGUCCGAUUACUGUGCGCCAAGUCUAAGGUCGCCCCGCUUCGCCCCCUCACCAUUCCCCGUCUGGAGCUCUGCGCGGCUCUGCUCUUGUCUAAAUUAAUCGCGUACGUCCGGCGCACCCUCCGCGGACACCUUGACAUUGACGACGAGUAUGCUUGGACGGAUUCCGAGGUCGCCCGGGCCUGGAUCCGCUCCGCACCACAACGGUGGAAGACCUUCGUUAGAAAUCGCGUUGCCCUCAUUCAGGACAACGUGCCGGCAUCAGCUUGGGGUCACGUCGACACGGAGUCCAAUCCGGCGGAUCACUGCUCCCGAGGGCUUUAUCCUCGCGAUCUGGUGGCCUGUUCGAUGUGGUGGGCAGGCCCUGAGUGGCUUGUUCACUUCGAACCCCGAGUUGAGCCGUCCCACGAUUCGGAAACCCCUCCGAUCGAGGAGGAGAAACUCGUAUCGCUCGUGGCGCUCGAGCCGCCUGACGCGGUACAUUCCUUGCUCGAAAGAUUCUCAUCAAUCGAGAAAAUUGGCCGAAUUAUAGCAUACAUUCUCAGGUUUGUACAUCACUCCCGUGCAAAAUCUGCUCCUACGACUUUGGCCAUAGAUCAGCUCGAACUGCAUUCCGCGUUACUACUCGUUGUGAAGAGUGUACAGGCGGAUGCUUUCCGCGAUGAGAUCGAUCGUCUUCAAAGCGGGAGAAGGCUCCCCAAGCCCUUUCGCAAACUCGCUCCCUUCCUUGAUCCGGUGGGUAUUCUCAGGGUGGGCGGCAGGCUUGCAAAAUCCGGAUUGACAUUCGAGAACAAGCACCCUGCCUUACUGCCCUGUAAACAUAGACUCACAGAUCUCGUUAUCGAACACGUGCACCGCACGAACAUGCACCCUGGUCGGCGCACGCUGCAAUACCUGCUCACGCAACAUUAUUGGGUCCUCGGGGUGCAUCGCGCUAUACAACGCGUACUCUCGAGAUGUCAUCAAUGUUUCCGCGUAAAGCCACACGCCUCUCAGCCCCUCAUGGCGGAACUACCGGCCGAUAGGGUCCGACAGGCCAAGCCCUUUUCGAUCAGCGGCGUGGAUUUCGCGGGACCGUUCAACAUAGUCACGCGACGAGCCCGGGGGGUCUCCUCCGUCAAAGUGUACGCGUGCCUUUUUGUAUGCUUUUCGGUUAAGGCGGUGCACCUGGAAGCCGCCUUCUUGUUGUCCACCGACUCCUUCCUCGCUGCGCUGCGACGCUUUGUGGCCCGACGCGGACGCUGCUCGCUUCUCUACAGCGACUGCGGAACGAAUUUUGUAGGGGCCGCACGGGAACUAGAAAGCCGCAUGGGCCUCGCAGCGGAGCGAGAGAAGAUCAAGUGGUCCUUUAAUCCUCCCUCCGCGCCCCACUUCGGGGGCCUCUGGGAGGCGGGAGUCAAGACCUUUAAAACCCACCUGCGGCGGACCGUGGGUGAUCAAGUCCUCUCAAUAGAGGAAUUCACGACGGUCCUCGCGCAGGUCGAGGCCGUCCUGAAUUCCAGACCCCUCUGCCCGAUGAGCACCGACCCUGCCGACCUCGAAGUUCUAUCGCCGGGUCACUUCCUCACGAUGGAACCGCUCGUCUCCGUUCCCACUCAAGACGUGACCCCGUUACCGAUGAAUCGGCUGAGUCGGUGGCAACUCGUCCAACGAAUACACCAAGACUUUUGGAGGCGCUGGCAUCAGGAGUAUCUCCAUACGCUGCAACAGCGUCCCAAAUGGUGGACCUCAGUCAACCCGCUCGGGGUCGGUGCGUUAGUCCUCCUCAAGGACGCCAACAUGCCUCCUCUGCGUUGGAGGCGAGGACGAGUGGAGGCGCUGCAUCCGGGCAGCGACGGCGUCCCGCGCGUCGCCACGGUGCGGGUGGCGGACGGCACUAUCACGCGCCCCCUAGUGAAGCUGUGCCCCCUACCGAUGGGCCCUGCUCCACAGGCGACCGAUUCAAAUUGA